GAACUCCUCCACCUCGGUGCGAGCUUCGCGCAUCGCAUCGCAUCGCCAUAUUACCUAAUCACGGGCCAACUACAUCAUCCAGUCCCAAGAACCCGUCAACCAUCGCAACAAUGCCCGACAUAGAUCCCGCCGCGCUCAGCCGCCCCCCCGUCAGUCUGACCACCCCGGUUAUGAAAACAAUCACAGUUUCCACGCCCUCGACGAAACCCAAGACCUCCCAGAUAAUCCCUCCCCGCAUAGACCUGGAGCCUCUUUAUGCUGCAUUGAAGUCCGCCAUUGGCGCAGAACAAUGGACUGUCUACAAAGAUUCGACAACCCAAUUCGUCCUGGGGCGGCUGAACCAGGCCGAGUACUCGGAGCGCAUCGAUCCUAUCCUCGCGUCCCCCAAUGGAGAGAAGGACCAUCUACACAACCAGCUGCUGGCCGCCAUCUAUGGCAAUCUCACGAGGGAGAUGCCAGAUGUCGGCUUGGCACCAUGGGUUUCUGCUAAUGACAAGCCGACCACCGGCGUCGGCGCAAAGCCCGUCACUGGUGAUGCCGCCGAAAGGAGACUGAAGGGAGAAGUCAUGCAGCUGCCCACUCGCGAUAGGCGGCGCAUCAAGGAAUUGGUACACAACGACUUUGACCCCUACGAAUCCAUGACUAACAUGUUCUCUGAACACCACCGCGGGAAGCCUCUGCGAGCCCCAGAACCGCCACCAGCCAGCGCCGUCGGUGGUCUGAACAAGAUGAACUGGGACCUAGAGAUCAAGAAACGUUUCCAACAACCGCUGGCCGUGGAGUCGGGCGAGUUCCCGGAUAUUGCCAUGGUUGAGGGAAGAAUGUUGCCAUUUUGCUACGAAGCCGGCUUGGUUAAUGGUCACACCCCUGACGCCGCGCAGCUCUUGACCGUUGCCACGGAAACCUUCAUCAAAGAGCUGCUGUCAUCUGUUUACACCAGGACGAGAAGCAAUGGGCCAGGGGAAUCAGGCAGUGCUGGGUUCGGCGCAGGUGCCAGCUGGAUCUCUACCAAGAAAUAUCAACGGCAGCUGAGACGAGAAGAAGGGGCUCUGAUGCGAGGAGAACUAUCCCGAGAUAAAAGCGGACUACUUCCAAUUGAAGCCAAGUACGCAACCGAGAGGCCGCCUCUCAACAUGGCAGAUUUGCGAUUGGCCUUGGAUCUGGGUGACUGUGGAAUCGGUUCCAUACCCACCGUCACCACUUCAGUCAUUUACAAUUACCGAGAAGGGGAACUGGAGCAUUGGGACGACUAUUCGUUCGUCAACGACUGGCAGCCUCCAGAAUUCGAAGACUUCAUAAUGGCAGGCACCGAGACCAAGACGUUGACAAAUGGCGAUGUGCAUACGGAACCGAUGGAUAUCGAUGAGCAAUGGGGCUGGGAAGGCACAGAUACUAUGGACCUGCAGCAGCUCGACAACGUGCUCGAUUCGUGCUUGCAGAUCGGCUUUUAGGAUGGUGUCAGCAUUAUGGGUCGUAAUUCGUCCCGAGAUGCCGUCUUCCGACGUAGAAGAAGCCGCCACCCGAGGUACCACCAGCAGUGCGAUGCCUCGAGCCAUGGAUCAAGCUACAUAACCCCCCUCGUGAAACAGUGGGAUGUAUGCUUGCUGCGCUGCGGCAGACACGAUUCCGUGAUGGCCCAUAUCUCGCAGCGGGCGCACCCCUCGGAU